UCCAGUCAUAUGACUUAUAUGAGCGCAGGUUUGAGGCUGAUUUCACAGCGCUGCUGAACCGGGUCACACUCGGUCCGGGCGUCACUUACCGUCUGUCUGCUCAGAGGAACCGUCCACCCGUCGCAAUGGCUGUCCACGGUUGUGUGACCCUGCUCUUUAUUCUACUGAGUGGUAUUGUGCAUGCUGAAGAUCUGGUGACAUCGUCAUUACCUGCAACACAGGAGUUCAGUACAAGCAAAAUCCUCUCCGGCAGUUCUUCUCCAACCACCUCCAAACACUCUUCGGCUGCCAUUUCUACUGCUGUGACUACAGGUCCAACCACGCAUCACACCACCACUAAAUAUACUACAGAACCUACAACUACCCCUCAUUUCACCACAACUAAAUCUACUACAGAACCUACAACUACCCCUCAUUUCACCACAACUAAAUCUACUACAGAACCUACAACUACCCCUCAUCACACCACAACUAAAUCUACUACUGAACCUCCAACUACCAUGCAUCACAACACAACGAAUUCCACCACAGAAGCGCCAACUACCAUGCAUCACAACACAACGAAUUCCACCACAGAAGCGCCAACUACCAUGCAUCACAACACAACGAAUUCCACCACAGAAGCGCCAACUACCAUGCAUCACAACACAACGAAUUCCACCACAGAAGCGCCAACUACCACGCACUCUAAUGCUACAACAGCUCCAACUCCUCCUCCGACCACUCCUCCUGUGCCCAACCCAACUGUUGGAAACUACAGUGUCAAGUCAGAUAAUGUCACAGUCUGUCUUUUGGCAAAGAUGGGCCUUCAGUUUAGUUUCAAAAUGAGUGAGAAUUCCAGCUUUCAGACUCUUAAUUUUGACCCAAGUGCUAAUGUAACAGAAGUGAGUGGAACCUGUGGAAGUGGUGGCAAUGACUCUUCCCUUCUGCUGAAGUCAGAUGAAAUCACAGUUCAUUUUGUCUUCACAAAUGUUUCACAGAAGUUCCGUCUACAUGCUUUGACGCUCUCUGUUAAUCUUGAAAAUGGAAACGUUUUCAAUGCCUCCAAUAAUAAUCUGUCUCUGUGGGAGGCAUCUGUCGGAAGCUCCUACAUGUGCAGAAAAGAGCAGAGUUACAACAUCACUGACAAGCUUACCCUCAACACGUUCCAGUUGCAAGUGCAGCCCUUUGCAGUCCAGAACAACAAGUUUAACACGGUGGAGGAAUGCUUUCUGGAUUCUGAUUUGAGAUUUCUCGUGCCCAUUGCUGUGGGUGUGGCUCUCAGCUUCCUAAUCAUCCUAGUUCUUAUCUCUUACCUGAUUGGCCGGCGUAAGAGUCGCACUGGUUACCAGUCUGUAUAACAAACCAAGCUGCUGCCGUCUUACCUCUAACCCUGGCUUGUCCUUUACUAUUUAUAUUUGCUGCUCCUCCUCCUCCUCCUCCUCUCUCUUCUGGUCCUGUUGGCUUACUCUUUUGCCCUGCAAACUGCUCGACCCUCCUCACCUGGCAGCGCUAACUGCUGAUGACACCCCUAUUUCUAACACGUUCGAUUGCAUAAUUAUACCAUUACUACAUAAUUAUAUCUCUUGAGCUCUAAUCAUUUCCUGUAUACGAUUUAAAUGUUUUAUGAAUGAAGUGGUAUAUUUCUGCUUAAUUACACUUGAAGCAAUGUCAAUCGGCAUGAUUCACUUGUUUAGUGUAAGCACAGGCUGUCUAAAAUCCACUGGCAUUGCGCUGUAUGUUAAAUGCAUGGGGGAAAAAAAUUUAUUCCUCUUAUGGGAGUUUAGUUUUUUCUUGCUCUAAGGAUGCUCGGUUCUGGUUGCUGUGACUUAUAUUCAUGUGAACUCUUGUUCUGAAUGAGUGAUGCAAUUUUAGAAUUAGGAGUCUUUCGAGUUUAUUAACCAUUGAAUGUAAAUGCUCAAUUAGUUCUGUAAUUGUACUCUCGUGGAUCAGUUGUUGCCGAAAUUAGGGGUGAAAAGUAUCCUGGCGUAUUUUCUUAAUCAGCCGAGCUAAUAAGUCACACUAUUGCACUUGGAACAUUGUAUUAUAAAGGGACACUAUUUUUUGUGACAUUUACCAGCUUCGAAUAUCAAGAUUUUGUUGAUCAUGCUUUUGUUGAUUUCAUUAGGUCCCUCUCAGGGAAUGUUGGAAGUGUUACUAUAGGCUUGUUAGUACAUGGGUUUGUUGAUUUUAGUUUGUCAUUUCUCUGGACACAUGCAUACAAUGUACAAAAUCCACCUUUUCUAAGACCAAAGCUACAAGUUCCUGUGUAUUUUCAGUCUGCUCUGCAUAGUGACGAUACUAAUGUGUCCAAACCAAUUCAUUUGUAUACCAUUUUGUUUUUCAUAGUUCUUCCCCCCCACCCACCCCCCCGGAUUUAGCUAUUAAAACAAACACACAAACAAAGAAAAUAUCAUUGUUGUACUAUAGUGUGCCUUUUAGUUACAUUUCUUUGUUCCUUCUCUGUAGGACCUUAAUCUGUCAGGUUAGGAAUGUUGGUUCAUGUUUCAAAGUGGAAAAAAAAAUUUCAAUAAAAUGGCUUUUUUUUU